AUGGGUUUUUCCUUGGUGCGUCUGUCCAUUUGCAUUAUUAAUGUCAAUCUUCUUCUUCUUCUCCUCUGGUGUAGCUGCUGCAUGAGCUUGGCAAAUGGAACAGAUCGGGAAGCCUUGCUAGCCUUCAAGGCUUGCAUAAGCAAUGAUCCUUUUCAUGUUGUGAGCUCCUGGAAUGACUCCAUACCCUAUUGCGAGUGGUCAGGCGUUAUAUGUGGCGGUCGCCGGCAUCCAAACAGGGUUAGAGCCUUGCGUUUACCGUCCAAUGGAUUGGUGGGGUCCGUGGCUCCAGAAAUAGGAAACCUCAGUUUCCUUAGAGAGAUUUUGCUCCAAAAUAACAGUUUCCAUGGUGAAAUCCCUCAUGAAGUAAGCUUUCUAUUCAGACUUCGUUAUUUAUUCCUACACAAUAAUUCGUUUGAAGGGGAAAUCCCACCCAACAUAUCACGAUGCUCCAACCUUAUAAUGCUCAAUUUAGCUUACAACAAUAUUGUGGGGAAAAUUCCUGUAGAACUUGGCACCUUGUCAAAGCUUCAAGUCAUUUCAUUCGCUUUCAACAGUUUGAUGGGACAAAUCCCACCUUCCUUUGGGAAUCUUUCAUCUCUUGAAACCAUUUCCGGAGCAUACAAUGAUUUAAGUGGAAGUAUUCCAGAUGCCCUUGGCCAACUGACAAGAUUAAUGAAUCUCGGGCUUGGUAGAAAUAAGUUUUCCGGUACUAUCCCUCUCACUCUAUAUAAUCUUUCCUCACUUGCUGUUUUUGAUGUCGGAUUUAAUCAACUUCAAGAGAAACUUCCACCAAAUUUAGGCUUCAGUCUUCCAAAUCUAUGGCGGCUUUCAGUUUAUCAAAACCAGUUUCAUGGACCAAUUCCAAUUUCUGUGUCUAAUUUGUCGAAACUCGAAAAACUUUUACUUGGCAAAAAUAGUUUUACUGGGAAAGUGGCUAUUAAUUUUGGAGGCCAAUCAAAACUCUAUUGGCUUUCAUUGUUCUCCAAUAAUUUGGGAAGUGGAGGGGCCGAUGACUUGAAUUUUAUCAACGCAUUGACCAACUGUACUAGUUUAUCACGUUUGGACCUUGGUGAAAAUCAGUUUGGUGGCGUGUUCCCCAACUCCAUAGCAAAUUUAUCCACCAAAUUGACAAAGCUCUUUCUGUCCAAAAAUCAAUUAUCUGGAGACAUCCCAGUGGGGAUUGGGAACCUUGUAAGCUUACAGUUCUUGGGCCUAUCUCGUAACUUACUAGAAGGAAGUAUUCCGGCUUCAAUUGGGAGACUUUCAAUGCUAGGUGUACUCUAUUUGUACGAGAACAGAUUCACAGGGCGAAUCCCUUCUUCUCUUGGAAACUUGACAUUAUUGAGUGACCUCUAUUUAGGAGAUAAUCAUUUGCAAGGAAAAAUACCUUCAAGUCUUGGAAAAUACAAACAUUUGUUACAUUUGGUCCUUUGCGGUAAUUGUUUCAAUGGUAACAUCCCCAGAGAGAUAUUUGAUAUUUCCACGUUAAUAGAGCUAAACUUGAGUAGAAAUUCUUUCUUUGGGUCUCUACCUUUGGAAGUGGGUCGACUGACCAAUCUUGGAAUCCUAGAUGUUUCUGAGAACAUGUUGUCUGGGGAAAUCCCUAGCACCCUUGGUGCUUGUACAAGCCUAGAGUACCUUUUUAUGGAGGGUAACUUAUUUCAAGGAUCUAUACCAUUUUCUCUGAGUUUUCUAAGAGGUCUCCAAGAUUUAGAUCUUUCACACAACAACUUCUCUGGUAUUAUCCCAAAAUAUUUGGGUACAUUUAAGUUUUUACAAAAGUUAAAUGUAUCAUUUAAUCAUUUGGAGGGUGAGGUACCAACAGAUGGAGUCUUUGGAAAUUUGAGUGCAAUUUCAGUCAUUAGAAACAAUAACCUUUGUGGAGGUAUACUAGAACUUCAUUUGCCAUCAUGCCAAACUCAAAAGUCAAAAGAAAAUGGUAAGCCUAAUGUUUUCAAGCUGAUAGGCAUCAUAUGUGGUUGUGGGGGGUCUUUAUGUUUAAUAUUUAUGACAUAUUUUUUCAUUAUCAACUGGAGAAGAAAAGAAAGGAAAGAAUCCACUUUAUUUUUGAUAGAUGAUCAUCAUUUUAAGAUCUCCUAUGCCCAACUCUUUAAAGCAACCGAUGGAUUUUCUUCUGUAAAUUUGAUUGGAUUGGGGAGUUUUGGUUCUGUGUACAAAGGAGUACUCAAUCAUGGGAAAACUAUUGUUGCAGUAAAGGUCUUCAACAUUAGACAAAGAAGUGCUUCCAAGAGUUUCAUGGUUGAAUGUGAAUCCCUUAGAAACAUACGACAUCGUAAUCUUGUAAAAAUUUUAACCUCUUGCUCAAGUGUAGAUUUUGAAGGCAAUGAUUUUAAGGCUUUAGUAUAUGAGUUCAUGCCAGGUGGGAAUUUGGAGAGUUGGUUACAUCCACAUGUAAAUGGCAUACAAGAUGAACAAAGGCAUUUAAAUCUUAUUCAAAGAUUGAAUAUUGUCAUUGAUAUGGCAACUGCAUUGGAUCAUCUUCACCACCAUUGCCAUACACAAAUUAUUCACUGUGAUCUAAAGCCAAGCAAUAUUCUUCUCGAUAGUGAUUUGACUGCACAUUUGGGUGAUUUCGGGAUAUCAAAAUUUUUUUCAAAAGCUACAAGUAGAUCUCAAACUCACACGAGCUCAAUCGGAAUAAAGGGAACUAUUGGAUAUAUUGCGCCAGAAUAUGGUGUUGGUGGUGAUGUCUCAACACAUGGUGAUGUCUAUAGUUAUGGGAUUCUCUUGUUAGAGAUGUUCACAGGGAAGCGGCCUACUCAUAAAAUGUUUAAAGAUAACUUUAAUCUUCACUGUUGGGCUGAGAUGGCUAUGCAUGGUGGAGUGAUGGUUGUCGUCGACCCAUCACUUCUCCCUAUGGAAGAAUACAAAGGAGAGGUAGCAACAACUGUAACCAACAUUACUGGAAGUCGAAGAUGCAUGAAGGUUAGAGUGCAAGAGUGCCUUAAUUCAGUUAUUAGAAUUGGAGUUGCCUGCUCAGCUGAAUCACCAUGGGAUCGAAUGGACAUAAGUGAUGUGGUCAAAGAGCUACAUAUGAUCAGGGACAUAUAUCUUGGAGCUGACACUCACUGAGGAAGAUAACUAUGAUAAAGGCUAUGAACAAUGGUAAGUCAUCAUUUCCUUA